GCAGCUACAGCAGCAGCAGCCAUUGCCAGCAACAGCUGCAGCAGUAAGAGCAAAAGUACCUGCAACAACAGCAGCAGAAACACCAGCAGCAACAACAGCUGUAUCAGUAGCACCAGCACCAGCACCAGAGCAUCAACACCAGCAGCAGCCACAGCACCAGCAACAGCAGCAACAGCAACAGCAGCAGCAACAGCAGCAGCAAGAGCAGCAGCAACUCCAGCAGCAACAGAAGCAACACCACCAACAGUAGUAGCAGCAGCAGCAACACUAGCAGCAGCAACAGCAACAGCAGCAGCAACAGCAGCAGUAGCAAAAUCAGCAACAUCAGCUGCAGCAACAGCAGCAGCAAAGGCAGCAGAACCAAAACCAGCAGCAGCAUAUAACUGCAACAGCAACAAGACCAGCAGCAACAACAGCGGCACCAGGAACAGCAGAAGCAGCAUCAGCAGCGCUACCAGCACCAGCACAAGCAACAGCAACAGCAAGAGCAGCAGCACCAUCACCAGCAGAAGUUGCAGUAACAGAACCAGCAGCCGCAGCAGCAGCAACAAUUGCAACAGCAACAGGACCAGCAGUAACAACAGCAGCACCAGCAACGGCAGAAGCAGCAACAGCAGCACUACCAGCACCAGCAACAGCAACAGCAACAGCAAGAGCAGCAGCACCAUCACCAGCAGAAGUUGCACUGCAGCAGCAACUACAGCAGCAGCAGCAACAGCAGAAGCUACAGCAGCAACUCCUGCUGCAACACCAGCAGAGGCAGCAACAGCCGAAGCCCAGGCAGCAGCAGCACCAGCAGCAACAGCAGCAGCAGCACCAACAGCAGCAGCAGCCAUAGCACGACCAACGGUAACAGCAGCAGCACCAUCAACACCAGCUGCAGCACCGGCACCAACAGCAAUAGCAGCAACACCAGCAACAGCAGCUGUAUCAGUAGCAGCAGCUAAAGCAGCAGCAAAAGCUGCAGCAGCCAUUGCACCAGCAACAGCAGCAGCAAGAGCAGCAGCAGCACCAGCAGCAACAGCUGCAGCAACAGUACCAGCAAAUACACAGCAGCAGCAACUGCAGCAGCACCAGCAGCAACAGCAGCAGCAGCAGCACCAGUACCAGCAACAGCAGUAACAACAGCAGCAGAGGCAACAACAGCGGCAACAGCAGCAACACCAGCAGAAGCACCAGCAACAGCUGCAGCAGCAACAGCAACAGUAUCUGCAACAACAACAACAGAAACACCCGCAAAGGCAGCUGUAUCAGUAG